AUGUCUAAUUUCGAAUAAAGAAAAGACCUUUUUAACAAAUUUCAAACACUUGUUAAUUAACUUACCUCUUUUUUAGAAAAUUAACAAAAAAAUUCUGAUCAAGAAACAAACUACUCACUAUAUGGUGAUGAGGGUAAAUAUCUAUUAAAUUUCAAUAAUUAGAGGGUACAACAGGGAUCAUCAGCGAUUAUAUCUCUAAAUUAUAGAAUUUGAAAUGUGCUCUUGAGUUUUCUGAAUAAAUAUUAUAUUUGAUACCAUUAGAAAAAGAAAAAUUUUAGAUUCAUUUAAACGAAAGUCUGAUUCAAAGAAGCAAAUUAGGAUCAUCAAUAUUGAUUAGUAAUUUCAUAAAUUAAAAUUCUGAAAUUGAAAGAGCAAAAAUAGAUGAUCUUCAUAAAAAAUUAUCUUUAUUUAUAAAGAAUUACUCAGAAUCUAAUCAUAUGAUUUGUUCUGAACAUAAUUAAAAAGCUGAAUUUAUUGAUCUAUCAAAUGAUAAAAAUAUUAUAGAUAGAAGGGUAUGUAUUAAUUGUGAUAAAAUAAAAGUUAGAUUAACAGAUUUAUUGGAAUAAUAUUUAAUGUAAUUUUUUAAUUUUAAAAUAUAAUCAGACUAAAAGAGAAUUGAUAUUAAAAAGUAGAUAGAAUCUCUUUUUUAAUAAAUUCGUUUUUAAAAAAAUAUUGAAAAUUUAUAUAUUGAUAAAGACAAAUUAUUUUAAAAAAGAAUUGAUAUCAUUGAUGAAAUUUUGAAAUCUUAAAAUAUAGAUUUAAAAUUAUUAUCUGACAUUUCAAUAGAUUUUGUAUAGACUUAAACUAAUUUUAUUAAUUAUUCAGGAUAAUUUAUGACAAAAUUAGAAAAAAACUUAUAAUAAGAAUUUAUUAUUGUAUAAAAUUAAUUGAAUUAUUUGCUUAAUAGUUUAAGUCAAGGAAAAAUAUAAAUUAUUGAUUCUGGGAUUAAAUAAUCAUAUAUUAAUGAUCAAUAACUUAUAUACACUAAGUUAGGUUAAUAAGAAUAAUCUGAAAAAUGUUAAGCUUUAUGCUUUAAUAAAGAUGAUAAAUUGAUAGCAACAGCAAAAAAAAAUGUCAUAAUAAUUUGGAGUUUCUAAGGAGGAAAAAUGAUUUGGGAAAAGGAAUUAAAUGGACAUUAUGAUGAAAUAAGUUGUCUACUUUUUAAUAAGGAUUCAGAUGCUCUUAUUUCUGCAGGAGGAGAUUAAGAUCGUUAAAUAAAUCUGUGGGAGAAAACAUAUAUAGAUGAAUGGAAACUUUCAAAAAGUUAUCAAAAUAUAGGAGGCAUAAAAGUCAUGCUAUUAAAUAAGAAGGGAGAUGAAUUAAUUGUCGGUACAUAGAAAGGCUAAAUAUUAAGAUUUAAAGUCAAUUUCCACAUGUUAACCCUAGAAUUAAUUAAAGAAUAUCAAAUUGAUCAAAAUUAAAAACCUAUAUUUGGACUUAGUCUUAAUGAUGAAUAAAAAUAUUUAGUAUAAUGUGGAUAAGAUAAGAUUUUAAGAUUGAUUUCAUUUGAUCAGAAUAUAGAAAUUCAAUUAAAGUUACUUUGUACAGAAAUAGGAAUGAGGAUCAAAUUUAUUAACAAUACAUCUUUUGUGUUGGUUCAGAAAGAUGGUUUGUUAAUAUAUUAUAAAAUUGAAUGGCAAAAAUUUACUGAAAUAUAAAGACUUAAUUUAAACUCAAUAAAUUAAGACUAUUCUUAUUCUCCUAUUUGGUAUAACUCAGAUAAAAAAUUGUUAAUUGUUAAACAUAAUAAAUCAAUACACUUUUUAAAACUAAUUGAUGGAAAAUUUGUAAAAAUACAUUUUUUAACAUACAAAUAUAGUUUAUUAUUUGCCACUAUAUCUAAUAAUGGAUAAUAUUUGGUCACUUGGAUAGGUAAACAUUAAAAUGAACCAUAUGAUAUGGUUCAACAUGAUAUAUAUUAGAUAUAUGAAUUAGAAUAUUAAUGA